UAAAUUUUAAUUUUUAUUAAUAAAUUUUGACAAACAUCUCGUAUAUAUCGAUAAUAUAUAUACAUAUAUAAACUAAAUCCGAUGAAAGCGUUCGAAAGUUACAAAAUGGCGAAAGCAAGAAAUCCUAUACACGGCUCUCUCUAUAUGCGACUCUACGCGAUACAUCAUCGAUGAUGCUAACUCUCCAAUUAGCUCUAGGAGUUCAAUCGGAUAGUCCCAACUUUCCCACUGAUCCUAUUGUUCGUUAUACCGCGAAAUUGCAUUAGUAGUUUAAAGUAGCGGCGGUAUCAUAAAGCCAUAAGACCUUGGCAACAAUCGUAAUCGGAUAGGAGGGGAGGGGAGGGGGUUCUUAACAGCCAACCGUGGCCGAUAGCCUUUAUGAAACAAGUAUCCAUCGCAAGUUUCCACUGGAGGGAGGGAGAAGGGUUAUUGGUAGCAAGGCGUUGCCGCGACACCAACGUUUAACGGAUGAAGUUUCCCUCGAUAUUGUUUUCGAGAAAUCGAUUCGAAUCGAAAGGAAUAUUUGGAUUGAACAAAAUUAGGUGACGAUAUUACAAGAAAGAAGAUAUUUAUACGAAUCAAUUGCAAUCCUCUUCAACAGUUUAGAUCCUAUUCACGUAUUUUUCUUCUUAUCUCGAGAGAGUUUGGAUCUGCAAAAUAUACAAGCGUACCACACCAUAAAUAUGCCAUAAUAUGGAUUCGUUAAUUCCGUACACGCUACAACUCGUUGAUAAUUACCGAAACUAAUUACGUAUUCCCGUAUUAUCGUGCAGCCACAUCGAGGAGGAGGAGGAGGAGGAGGAGGAGUUUAGUUAUCGGAUAGGACGAGACGAUAAUAGAGUGCGUGUGUGCCUAAAUAGGAAAUUACAUUAAUUUGGCAACGAUAAUGAUAAUGAAAGUGGCAUUAAACGAUGGUAAACAGGUAGCCAUGCCGAGAUAAGGCAUUUAACGACGACUAAUUUCAGCCAAGAUAACCACGAUACCCCGAAUGAUUACGCUAACUCGCGAAUAAUUUGCGAGUAUUUAAAUAUAUAAUCAGUCAGAAUUGAAAACGAUGAUUGGAAACGAUAUAUGUGAUAAUACACGCCGAUUCGCGUGUGUCAACUUAUAGAUUCCUCGUAAUUUCUGUAUUUUCUGUUUCGCGGUAUUCAUUGUUUCCCGCGAAAAAUUAUAGAACGCAGAUUUCCAUGUAUUCCCCGGGGCGAUGCGUUUAGGAACGACGGUACUUUUUCGUUCUUGGAAAUAAUAAGAGACUAUGCGCGAUAAUAACAUCUUAUUUCAACGAUAUUUAUCUCGAAUUAAAGAAAUACGAUCGAGAAGUCGAAUAUCAAAGCUUGAAACGAUUUUUUGAUCGAAUUUUCAAAGUUGAUCGAUUUUAAAGAAAGAAAGAAUUUAUCAAAGAUACGAUGUUUCAACGAAAAAGCAAAUAUCCCGUAAAAAAAAAAAAACAAAGAAUAAACAUACGAGAUAUUAACAUAUUAACAGACUAAAUUGUUUUCAUGCGAAACGAACUGAACGAUUUACACGCGACAAGAUUGCACUUCUUAUUAGCAGGAUUCGAUGCGUUUUGCGAACGCGAUUAACAGGUUAUUUGUUGCAGCACAAACAGAUCAGUGUGUCACGGUGCGUACCGCUCCUUUUGUAUAUAAGAGAGAAUCAAGGUAUCGGGGAUCAGCAGAGAAAAACCGGACUUCGAUUACGUCUCACGAGCUUCCCUAUUCAUCCGAGAGCGAAAUCAUGGCGAGAAGUGUGGUGUCUGCCCUUUGCAUCGUCUGCUUACUUUUGACUAUCGUCGUAGCGAAACCGGUUCCUCAGCGAAACGAUAAUGGCGAGGUGUUUGCACCGAGAAAUACUUUGUACUAUCCGUACGCGUUUUGGCUCGUCAGACCGUACUACGACCAAGACGAUAUCGACGUUGGCAGUUUCCAGUUAGAACGAAGGGCAUCUACCAUAUCGUACGGAAACGUUGGAGCCGGUUGGGGUCGUUAAAUUCGACGCUUCUUCGAUUUAUAACCACCGGUUUCGAUCACACGGUCAGCAUCAUAAAUUUAUAUUUAAUCGCGUUAAAUUAAUUAGUUAUAAUUGAUAAGUUAUCAGAUUGUUGAUUAGAACGAUGGAACUGACACCGUAAAUUAACGAUUAAGUUAGUGAACAGGUACAAAAUAGUUUUACAUAUAUUUUCGUAUUGUUAUAGUCGAUGACGAUCGCUGCGCGAAUUCUUGAUUGGAAAACAAUUAAACAAACGAACUUCCAUCGAAGAACUGCCGUAAAUCACGCGUGUCGAUUGAAAGAAACCAAUAAAACGAUUAAGAAGCGCUAAUGUAUCAACAAAUUAUUAUUGAACAUUUAACAGAUAUUUCGAUCUCCUCGAUACAAAGCUUGUCAAUUUAAUGAAUUGAUCGAAGAAAUUAAUAUAAGAAUUUGUAGUAAUCGAAGCAAGAUGAGAAUAUCCAUAGAUUUAUUCAAUGACAAAGAGCAACGAGAAAAUCCAAUUUUAAUCCCACCGAUGCUAAUUGUCAUCGAUUCUACACGAAAAUCUUAUUUUAGCAACAUAUUAUUCGUUUUGCAUUGACAAACAAUAACCGAAACAAUUACUGCAUUUGUAAUUUGUCAGAGCGAUUUGACAAAUUUUAUUAUAUUAAACAAAUUGUUAUAUAUAGUUUAAGAACCAUCUGUACAUUAUUUUGUAAGCUUAUAUAUUUUUGUAUAAAUAAAUUAACCACGGUGUAAUAAGUGAGUUGUCCAAACACAUUCGAAUUUUCCAAACAGGGAUCAACCAAAUUAAAAAAAUCCUUAUGAGAAAUCAUGACACAAGUCACAGAAGACUGUAAACCACAGAACAAGUGAAAAAAAAGAAAAAAAAGUAGCUUUAGAGGUGUACUUUAGAGUGUUGAGCAUCCUUAAAAUUCAUCUCGAGCAGGAGAGACGAUAAAAAGGUUAAGGCCCAUCAUCGCACAGUUUACAAGUCAGACUCGAGGGUGGUGGUUGAAAUUUAAACUGAAUAAUUUAAGAAUCGCUUUGAAUCUCGGUACAUUGAUCUAAUGCAUAGUUUCGACGAUUCUAUGUAUAAAAGAAAUGGCGAUUAGGUGGAUUAUGGGGAAAUUACUGGGGAUUCUUUGGCCGAUUCAUUGAAUUUUUCGUGAUUACAAGAUCUUUUUUCAAGCUCCAAAGGAAUCUGGAUUCGAAGUAUAUCGCGACAGGUUUCCGUUGUUGGAUCUAGAACAGGAAUAGGAAACCUCUGGGAAUUUGUAGAGAAGCUCGAUGAUCCUGAAAUAAUCUCGAAGUGAUGAGAAGAAUCGAAAUCUUUUGAAUUCGAACGAGAGAUAAUAAUUGUUUGAUAGAUUUUUUUAUUAGCGUGAAAAGAAAGAAAUCUUGCUUAGCAUUAAAUU